ACAAUUCACUUUAACGGAAUGAAUAUUUCCAACUGUAUGGUUACAUUGUCAAGAAUCACUGGUAAUGAUGUUGAUGUGCACGUUUUGCGAAAGCGUCAGACGCAUUCGUUUUCAUCUGGCUGAGUGCGUUUCGCCGGCGCUCAAAGUUGACUGAACUGCUGCUGUCUUCACACCAAACAUGUUGUGCGCGUGAACAUGCUAUUGCCAGGCUUCAUUGGAAUAACCGUGCUUUUAUUAGCGUCACAGGUGCCGCUGCUGUGGGAGCCGGCGCUGGAAAUGCUUUCACACGUGGGAACGGUCUUUACAACCGGAUUACUGCGAGGUGCCACAACCAGGUUGGGGUGCAUUUCACGAACCAUGGCUUUUUCAACUGUCGAGAGAGGUUCUCCCAACACCUUGGAUUACAGGCUGUAUUUUCGCAAGGGAGACCAAUACAUCUCCCCUUUCCAUGAUAUCCCCAUGUUUGCGGAUGAGGCCAACCGCAUUUACAACAUGGUUGUGGAAGUGCCCCGCUGGACAAAUGCGAAAAUGGAGAUAGCCACCAAGGAGCCCCUGAACCCCAUCAAGCAAGAUGUCAAGAAAGGGAAGCUACGCUAUGUUCACAACUGCUUCCCCCACCACGGUUACAUUUGGAACUAUGGUGCCAUCCCGCAGACUUGGGAGGAUCCAAGCCACACAGACAACAAGACCAACUGCAAGGGAGACAAUGAUCCCAUUGAUAUCUGCGAGAUCGGCUAUCGGGUGGCCAAGCGAGGCGAGGUAAUUCAAGUGAAGGUCCUUGGUGUCGUGGCACUCGUAGACGAAGGGGAAACUGACUGGAAGCUGCUUGCUAUUGAUGUCAAAGAUCCCCUGGCCAAGGAGCUAAAUGAUGUUGGAGAUAUUGAAAAGCACAUGCCUGGCCUUCUCAAGGCAACUACUGAAUGGUUUCGCAUCUAUAAGAUUCCCGAUGGCAAACCAGAGAACCAAUUUGCAUUUAAUGGCGAAGCUAAGAACAAGGAGUUUGCAGAGAAAAUCAUUGCAGAGACUCACGAUUUCUGGAAGGCACUGAUGAAACGUUCCGACACUUCCCCAUUGAACUGUAGCUCUACUGUCCAGACUGGAUCUCCACACCAUAUUAGUGAUGACGAAGCUUCUUCCAUAGUCAAUUCUACGCCAGAGCUUGGUCCUGAUGCUGGCAGGGAUCCUAUUGUGGACAAGUGGCACUUUGUGUGCCUCAAGUGAAUGCCAUCAAUGGAUACUUUCAAGAGACGUGCAUACAAUAAAUCUGCCUCAUAGAAACUCA